GGCCUCAGCAUCAGAGCGAGCCGGUGGGAGAAGAGGCCCCCAAGCCCCCCACGGUCUCCAGUACCUGGCAGCUGCUGGCGCAGGUGCUGCACCCUGUGUCCCUCAGCACCAUGCAGGGACCUGGUGAGUGGGGUGAGGAAGGCCCUCCCAGUUUGGAGUAUAUCCAGGCCAAGGACUUGUUCCCCCCGAAAGAGCUUGUGAAGGAGGAAGAGUCAUUGCAGGUCCCAUUCACUGUGUUGCAGGGCGAGGGAGUGGAGUAUCUUGGCCAUGCAAAUGAUGCUGUGAUUGCCAUCUCCAACUACCGGCUUCAUAUCAAAUUCAAGGACUCUGUGAUCAAUGUGCCUUUGAGGAUGAUGGAAAGUGUGGAGUGUCGGGAUAUGUUCCAGCUUCACAUCGUCUGUAAGGACUCCAAAGUGAUCAGGUGCCAUUUUUCCACCUUUAAGCAGUGCCAGGAGUGGCUAAAAAGGCUAACUCGAGCCAUCGCCCGCCCUGCUAAGCCAGAGGACCUCUUUGCAUUUGCCUACCACGCGUGGUGCUUAGGAGUCUGUGUCGAUGAGGAGGAUCAACAUGCGCAUCUCUGCCGUCCAGGUGACCAUGUGAGAUACCGAUUUGAGAUGGAGCUGGUGAGGAUGGGCUUUGACUUGCAGAACGUCUGGCGAGUCUCUGACAUCAACAACAAUUACAAGCUUUGUUCCAGUUAUCCCCAGAAGCUGCUGGUCCCUGUCUGGAUCACCGAUAAGGAACUAGAGAACGUGGCUUCGUUUAGAUCGUGGAAGAGGAUCCCUGUGGUGGUGUACAG